UCUGGUAUCAUUAUCCGGUUAAUUUUUUUCACUAGCUAAGCUGGCAGCAGAGAUGAGGGUCGUCCGGAGUAUUUUUGUGGUUUUAUUAAUUAAAAUUUUCAUCUUGGUUGACUUUGUUCAACCAAAUGAAGUAAUCGGAUGUGGUGGCUUCAUCAAAAGUCAAAAGGACAUCGACUUCUCCAAAGUCGAAAUCAAAUUAUUAACAAAGACCGGAGCUUUAAAAGAUAAAACCGAUUGUUCACCCUCGAAUGGUUAUUACUUUCUGCCCAUAUACGACAAGGGAGAAUAUCUGCUGAAAAUUUCACCGCCACCCGGUUGGAGUUUUGAGCCGGAAGAAGUUAAACUGAAUUUUGAUGGUCAGACUGAUGUUUGCAGUUUGGGCAAAGAUGUUAAUUUUGUUUUCAAGGGCUUUGGCAUAACUGGCAAAGUAGCUCUGGGUUCGGCAGGCGCCAAAGAUGUCAAGGUGGAAUUGAAAUCGGAAGAUGGAAAAGAUACACGUCACACAGUUACUGAUGCCAAGGGUGUCUUCUCAUUCACCCCGAUAAUUCCGGGCAAAUAUGUCGUGAAAGCUUCCCAUCCCAAAUGGUACUUCGAGAAGAGUGAACACACGGUUGUUGUCGAAGGUGGUAACACAGUGUUGGCAGAGAACUCCUUGGUUGUUUCGGGUUUUGACGUUACCGGUCGCUUUAAUACAUUUGGGGAGCUGGGAUCUGGUGUUGGUAUAGCGCUAUUCCAAAGCAAACAGGCGAGCAUGCCCACAACUGCCACUUCUCACACUAAUUCUGAGUAUGCUGCCGCAGUUUCCUGUUACGCUCAGGUCGAUACAGCUGGCAAUUAUAUAUUUAAAGAUGUUCGCCCUGGUAAAUACCUUCUCUUGCCGGUUGUCAAUCAAAAUCUGAAGUUGAAUAUUAAACCCCAGUUUAUUGAAAUCGAAGUUAGCAAAGAUACUUUGGAGGUGAAACAGGAAUUCAAGAUCAGCGGAUUUAGUGUAACUGGCGCUGUUCUCAACUCCGUCGGCGGUUCUCCCGUAAGUGGUGCUACAAUUAAACUGAAUGACCAGAAGGUAACAACAACCAAAUCGGACGGUCAAUUUACAUUGGAAAAUGUGGCUUCUUCUGGCUUGUAUUCCAUCCAAGUAGAAGCUGAAAAACUUCAAUUUGACGAACAACGCAUACAAUUACAAUUGACAUCGGCUAUAUUACCUCCAAUUGUGCCAUCGGCAUAUGAAGUGUGCGGCAAGGUGGUUUCGAAGAAAUCCUUCCGAGUUGUCAUAACAAAUCAAGGCUCUACAACAGUCCAUACAUCAGUCGAUACUAAUGCCGAAUCUGGCGCAUGGUGUACCUUCUUGUCGAAUGGUAAAUUUACCAUUGAAGUUCAAACUUCCGAGGCAGACCGCUCGAAUGGGGUACAAUUCUUCCCGGUUCAACAAACCAUUGAAGUUAAGAGUGAACCCAUUAAGGAUAUCACAUUCUCACAACUUAGAGCCACAUUACAAGGAACACUGAAAUGCCUGUCUGAUGCUCCCGCAGAAGGUUGCCUUUCAACUGCAGUAACCCUACAUUCCCUCGAUGCCAAUGGACAAACUACCGGACAAAAACAGACAACUAAAGCUCAGGGUGGCAAAUAUUCAUUCACCAAUGUCUUGCCUGGACCAUAUGAAAUUACUGUACCCCAAUCGAACUUGUGUUUCGAUUCUACACGUGUUUUGAUUAAUGUCGCAUCUGCCCAAGAAACAGCCCCUGAAUUUGUACAACGUGGCUAUGAAGUUAAUAUUAUUUCCAGUCACCGUGCCAUUAUGAAAUACUCCCACGAAUCAUCCACAACUGCAGAUAAUCUGAAAUUACUUUCUGGCGUCAAUACAUUCUGCGUCCCUAAGUUUGGUUCAUAUUCCAUUAAAUUGGAAGGUUGCCAUUUGUAUGAUGAGGAGACACUACCUACCACGUUCAACACAGCCAACACAAAUCCCACAAUUAUCAAUGCCAUGGCUCAUAAAGUAGGUGUAAGGGUCCUAUCGCCCGAAUCCACAGCAGAUAAUUUGAAAUUGUCUGUGGAAUCGGCUACUCUAGGCAAACUGGUGGUUACGCCUGUUGCUGAGGCUCACAAAGUCGAUGGCAAAUAUGCCUUCCGUUACGAUACACAUCUCAAGCCCGAAGAAGUGUUACGUAUCACACCCCAAAGUGGCAUUUUGUUGUUUGAACCCCAGACCAAAGAAAUCGUAGGUACAAACGAUUGCGUGGAUGUUGCCUUCAACUUCAUUGCCUCCAAGGGUCUAAUACUAAACGGCAAAGUAAUUCCCGGCAUUAGAGAUGCCAAAAUAACAUUGAGUUUUCCCAACAACCCUGAAUUGGAGCCACAAACCGCUUUGACUUCCGUGAGUGGUGACUUCAAAUUCGGUCCUAUCAGUGAUAGCAUCAAAUACGAAUUGAAGGGCGAAAAGGAGUCAUAUGUAUUCUCCGACUAUAAUCCUGCUACAAGCUCUUUCAGUGUUCACAAACUGUGUGAAAUUAUUGUGAAAGUGAAGGAUGGAUCAGGUAAGGGAUUGAGCGGAGUUUUGAUUUCACUCAGUGGUUCUGAGAGUUAUCGCAAAAAUUUGAUAACCGCUGAUGAUGGCUCUAUAAACUUCCAUUCCUUGUCCCCAUCCCAAUACUUUUUGCGGCCAAUGUUAAAGGAAUUCAAAUUUGAACCAAAUUCCAAAAUGAUCGAUCUGAAGGAUGGUGAAACUGUGGAAGUGGAAAUGAUUGGUAAACGCGUGGCUUACUCCUUGUUUGGGGCUGUAACAUCUCUCAACGGCGAACCAUUUGCAGAGGUAAACAUCGAAGCCACCGCCGAUGAGACAUGUUCACAUCACCAAGAAGAAGCCACCACCGAAAAGAAUGGCAAAUAUCGCAUUCGUGGCCUCAAUCCCGGCUGUGAAUACACAAUUCGUCUGAAAGAUGCUGGUACCCCUGGUAACAAUGUGGAUCGUUCUAUUCCCCAAACUCGUACUGUGAAGAUUGGCACUGACGACGUCGAAGGUGUUAAUUUCUUGGCUAUGUCUCCGAUUACCUUCGUUGAUGUUACGGCGCGUGUAACAGCAUCGUCAAAUGAUUUCUAUAAGACACUUCGUGUUGUUAUGUAUCGCAAGGGAGCUUAUGACUCGCCUGUGUAUUCGCAACGUUUAGACACACCGUUGAAUCCAAAAUCACGUUAUAACCCCGGUAUAAUGGUAUUCUUCCCCCGCAUACCACUCGAUGGCAAAACAUACGUUGUGGAAUUACGUUCCACAUUGUCCGACAAAACCUACACCUAUUCUACGCGAAGUGAACAAUUUGUGGCCGACACCCCAUCCGUGUACAUUGAGUUGGACUUCAAACCCGAAGUGAAAUCUUUUGAAUCAGACCUGAAUCAAAAUUCCAUUUCGGCGUUAGUUCUGGUGGCCCUUGUGGCAAUUGCAUUCUUCAAACAAGACAUUGCAAUGGCCUUCUUAAACUUCGUGUGGUCCAAAAUCAAUGGCAUUGCUCAGGAUUUGGCGCAAAAGCAAAAAUCGAAUGCCAAAAACAACCAACGAAAAGUAGAGCCCAUCAACCAGAAGGAAAUCGAACAGAUGGCCGAACAAAUCAACAAUAUCAAAAAGAAAAAGACCAAGAAAAUUUAGACAACAAAUCCGAGUGUUCUCUUGAUA